AUGGUGGACCGGUACCGGUACGCGGACCAUCAGUUGCCGAAAGAAUUGGAAGCUUUGGAGAAAGUGCAGAAGAUGUUCACCAGGGUGCUGCAUGGAUUAGAAGAUAUUAACUAUAAGGAAAGGUUGGACAAAUUUGGCUUAUUAUUGGUUGCUGAGAGGACUAUCUAUGGAAAGGUCACCGCACUUGGGACCAAAACAGGGUCAGCUGGCAGCACACUGACAGAGAGGAAUAGGUGGAUCGAGGAGAAGUGGCGGUUCCUAUCAGGGCAUAUUGUGCGUGUAGUGACCAGGACUAGCGCACCCAAGGAACAACACAUCAUUGACCAUGCGUUCGAUGAUCCUCUGGAAGGGACUUCCACGCCGAGCCCAUCCACCAGCCAACAGCACCGCAGUAGGCACAUUUCCAGCAUCGACCUCACCACACCCGGAGGUGCUGAAGAAGGGACAGAUGGAAACAGCAUUAAAAGUCUCAAUAAUACUGUUCGAGACGGUAUUAAAUUGUUGGAGGAAGGAUGCCUGAGACCGAACAGCUUUACGCAGAGGGCAGUAGACUUCUGUCAAGCUAUUAUGGAAGAAGAAAUAAAUGAAGGACAAUGGUAUUUUGUAUGGAAUAUGAUCAAUGGGGCAAUCACUAUGCGAAAUAAAAAGAGACACUCACCAUCACCACUGAUGUUUACAGAGCAGCAGCCUGCUAGAAAUCCACCUUUGCUUUUUGUUUACGGAGAGGGCCGUGCACAAACACCAUUUCAAGAAGGGGCAGAUGGUUUCGCUGACGUCAAUGACUCCAGUUAACCCUCGGACGUUGAGAAUUAUUUAUGUGGUGUUUAAUUAACCGUUUGAGUUUUAGUUUAUUUUAGUUGUUGGCCACUCAACAUUUGGUGUGACAUCUAGAGUCCUUUAUAAAUGUCUGUAUGUUAAUAUGUGUGUCUUUUCCUCUU